UGUGAAACGCCAAUCAGUGCAGUUGCCAUGGAGACCGAGGUGGCGAUGCAGCAGCAUCAGCAUCAUCAGCUGAGGAUGAGGAGGAGAGGCGAGCUCGGCGCUUCGCUCAGUCGGAGAAACGGAUCGGAUCAGCCGGACGGAACCAGCUUCCCAGGAGUUUAAUCUCAGCGGCUGAUGGUUCAUCUCAGUUAACGGCGAGCGGAGACGCCUGGAGCGAGAUCCAACAUGGCCGCCGAGGACGGAGAGCGAGGAGGACCGAGGAGGAAGCCGAGGCUCCUGCUGGGAAGAACCAGAACCAGGAGCACCGGAGAGGAAACCAAACCAGAACCGGCUGGAAACGGGGAGGAAACAUCGGCUGGGAGCGACAAACAGACAACCUGCAGGGGGCGCCAGAGCGCUGCAGGGAAAAGGAGACGCAGGUGGUGGAGCGGCUUGUCCUCAGCAGUCAGCUGCAUCAGGAGACAGGAGGACGGUGAGGCGAGUCCACCAGAGGGGGCGCUGCAGAGACAGGAGGACGGUGAGGCCAGUCCACCACAGGGGGCGCUGCAGAGACAGGAGGACGGUGAGGCCAGUCCACCAGAGGGGGCGCUGCAGAGACAGGAGGACGGUGAGGCCAGUCCACCAGAGGGGGGGCUGCAGAGACAGGAGGACGGUGAGUCCAGUCCACCAGAGGGGGCGCUGCAGAGACAGGAAGAGACGAGGAAGAUGAGGAACGUUUUGAGGAGAUUCGUUCCACUAAGGAAGAAAUCUUCUCCGUGGUUCCGCACUACACUGCAGAAGUUCUUCAUCAGAGCGGGAAGGAGACGGUCCGUCCCGCCGGGACACGAGGAGGACGCGGUGUUGGGACCUGACCUGUGUGCUUCCGGACUCGCCGAGAUACCUGAAGGUCCUCCACAGGUCCAGAUGUUCUGCUACCAGGCGGAGCAUUUACCUGAAGAACCGGAACCUACAGCAGAAAUGGCAGACCCUGAAGAUGGACCGGUGCCGGUCCAAAUGGCUCAAAUAAACCAGGUUCUGGUGCGGGACGUGUCCUCAGAAGAGGACGAGGUUCUGUUUGACUCAGAACUUGUUGUGGACCUCCAUGACCAGCCCACGUUCCAGUUCCCCCCAGAGGACAAGACGGUCCAGAUGUCUGUCCCACCCCAACCGUCCACCAAUGGACCGUCCAUCCGGAUCCAGCUCUGUCCGCCGGAUGACUCCGCCCAGGAGGAAGAGGAGGACGAGGAAGGCUGGGUGGGCGUGGCCUCCGCAGAGAGCCACCUCCUCCACCUGAUCUGCUCCGACCCGACUGAGCGGCAGCUGCAGCAGGCGGCCCGGUCACUGGUCAGAACCGCCAUGACCGCCGCCGUGGAUCAGCUGACCCGAGAGCAGCGGGGCAGCGGAGGCUCCGCCCACCUGGAGCCCCCGGGCGCCAGGUGACGGUCUGAGACGGCAGGAACGUUCAGAGUAGCGCUAGAAAACACCUAGCUUAGCGUUAGCAUUAGCUUUACUGAAACAAACACCUGUACGAGUCUGAAUACUCAAAACAACCUGUUCAAACGAGCUGCAGCCUCAGCAGAACUGAACCAUCAUAACCGAGCUCUGCUAAGCUAGCUAGUUUCAGCGACACUUCCUGAUGGAAAUAUCAAAAUAAAAGCACUUCCUGUUCUGAUAAUCUUAUUAUGUUGUCAUUUAUACUUUACUUUUAAACAUUUAUAUUACCAUUUAGUAAAGGUUAGUGGAUUAAAAUUGUACGGCGAAGGAAUUACGGAGUUUCAUAAUGAAUAAAAUUUAAUAAAUAAAUAUUUAAACUUACGGAGUUUUGGGUCGAAGAGCAGCAGGAAAAGAACAUGGAGACGAGAGGAAAUGAAAGAGACAGAAUAAUGAAAUCAGAGCUUUUUAUAACGAAGAAAUGAAGAAUGACAAAAUAAUGAAAAAUAAACUAGAACUAUUAUUAAUAAAUUAUAAAUAAAACUUCAUAUAUAUAAAAUUCAGGUUUCGUGCGGACAUUAUUUUGUCAACCACAGUUUAUUUAUUUCAUUGUUUAUUUACUCAUUUAAUAUUGUUUUAUUUACAUAUUUCAGGAACUUUUAUUUUUUUUUAGCUUACAUUUCAUGUUUUUUAUUAUUUUAUGUUCUUAUUCAAAUGACAGGUGGGAGAAUUUCUAAAUAAAUAAAUAUGUAUAAAUAAAUAAAAUAAGCUUCCAAUGAAAUAUAUUAUUUCAUGAGGACACUUAGUUAUUUAUUUAAUGGUGUAUUUUCUAGUUAUUUAUCAAUAACAAUAUUUAUUUAAUUAAUCUAAGGAACUUAUUUAAAAGCACAAAUAAGGAUUAAACCAAAUAAUGACAGGAUGAACUAAGGCAGGAUUUAAAUAAACAAACAAUGAAGAAAUGAUCCAAACACAAAGAAAUAUUAAAUCACAAACAUUAUGAUAAAAGAUGUUUUUUGGAUGGCAAAAUAUGUCAGAUGAUUAAUAGCUGUUAAUAUUAUUAAAAAAUCAAAAGAUGAUAAAGGGUUCAGUUUGUGUUCCUGACUCAGAGUUUGGAUUUAGUGAGGAAAUGAUUUGAGUUUUGACCUGAUUCACAGGAUCCUUGUUCCUCAUUUCUCUCAUUCUGGUUGCUGGAUGUGGAAACAGCAGAAACUCCAGACAGACGGAGGAAAACGGACAGGAAACGAAUAAAACCAGGAUCCAGAUGAGUUUUUCUUCGGUUCUGAUUCUCAGCUGGUUUCCCGGAUUAUUUCACCCAGACAGAAACAAGGAGCCCAGUUUCUCUCUCAGCUCGUUACGGAGGUUUAUUUAAAGAAAACUUCCUGCUGUUGACAAGUGGAGGCGCUCUAAUGAGCCGAACCGGCCCCGGGGUCCGGGCUCCGACCUGCAGCAGAAACCCACCUGGUCUCCAUGGAAACGCACCAAAACAUGAUGAUGUUCUUCCUGUAUAAAGUAUUCACACCUGUUAAUAUUUCCUCAUUUCUUCAACAUGAAAGCAGAAUCUGCUGCAGCCGUCUGACGCCGAGCAGCAUGAUGCUGCCACCACCGUG